AUGACGUUCGACGCGCCGGCUCCCGCGCUAUUUGACCGUGCUCUCGUGCCUGGUCGCUCGAUCCAUGUUUGGCUUCCGCCCGGCUACCACCAGCAGCCUCGUCGGCGCUAUCCGACCCUGUAUGUGCAUGAUGGGCAGUGCUGUCUCUCCAACGAUGAGGGCGGUAGCAGCGGCGGCGGCGGCGAAGGCAGCCGGUGGGACCUCAACUGCGCGCUCUCGCGCCUCGUCACCGCCGGCGAGAUCUCGCCGGCGAUCGUUGUGAUGCUGGACUCGUGCGGAGGCGGCCAUCUCCUUGACAUGGACCUGCCGCUCGGGCCAGAGAUGCCGCCCGUGCCGCUGCUCAGGCGGAGGUGGCUCGAGUACGGCGACAAUCCGCUCGGCCGCAAGUACAUCGGCUACGUCUGCGACGUCGUCAAGCCCGCCAUCGACGCGAAAUUCCGCACCCUGCCGUCGCCGGAGCACACGUCGGCGAUGGGCAGCAGCAUGGGCGGCCUCUGCGCCUUUCUGAGCGCGUGGCGCCGGCCCGAUGUGUUCGCGCACGCAGCCUGCCUCUCGCCCGUCUUUCAGCUGCCGCUCAUCACCGAGGUGGCGCUGCGGAGGCGACUGCGGCCGGACGCGCGCCUGUACAUCGACAACGGCGGCGACACCGCCCGCGCCUCCUACUCCGUCGAAGGUCAGAGAUUUAGAGCGGUGUUGGACACGGGAAGCCCCUUCCUGCUGGUGCCGGGCCGACUGCCCGCCUCUGGCUGCGAUGAUCGUUGGGGAUGCUACGCCGAUUCCACCGCGUCGGUGGCGCUGGGUGACGCAACCACGGAGGGGUUCGGCGGGCAGGAUGUCGGCGUGGAGUGGCGGCGUGGCAGGCUCGACUUUGGAGACUUUAGCUUCUCGCCCAUCAACUUUGGAGUCGUCACCUCGUCCGUUCGCAAGGGAGGGACGUCCGCGAUCUACCUUGGGCUGGUGCGGGACCGCGUGCCUCGAGUCCGGCCGACCCUGCUUGAGCAGACGGACAUCCAGUCCUUCCAGUUCGACUUCCCUCGCCGCCGACUCACCCUCGCCCGCAGGCCUCUGCUGCGGCAGCGCGACGCCAUCCCGCUGGUCGACCUCCGCCCGCUGGGCGCUCCGGUGGCGCAGUACGCUUGCCGCGUCGAGCGCCUCCUCGUCAACCGAGCGGAGGUGCCGCUCUCUCGGCCGGCGGUGGCGGUUCUCGACACGGGAACCACGGGCCUCGUCCUCUCGGACUCGCUCUACCAGUCGGACGAGCUGCCGCUGCCCGGCGCUGCGAUGAGGGACGUCGAGGUUAUCGUCCGCACGGAGCGAGGGCGACCCGUCGCUCUGCACGCCUCUUCGCGGCGCUACCGGCAGAGCGACGGGGAGCCUGAGGAGUUCCCGCUCAUUGUGACGCCGGUGAGCCUCCCCUGGUUUGGCCUCUCCGCCCCGACUCCGCUCGGCACUCCGCUAAACUUCGACUCGUCGCUGCCGCCGGCCGACUCUGCGCCGAGGCCCAUCGUGCUCCGCCCUCGUCCCGCCUCUGCGCUCGACCCGGCGGCGCAGGCGAGGAGGCAGCUGCAGCUGACGGUCGACCUCGACGCGAUGCGCAUGAGCGCUGUCGAGGCGCCAGCGACGCCCGGCAGCGCGGAGUCCUUUGGCGUGCGACGCUGGUGGUCGCAGCGCCCAUGA